AUGUCAGCUCGGAGCCCCGUUUAUAGGUUACGGAACUUCGUGUAUGUCGGUCGGGCCGAGGUCGCUAGGGAAUGGGGAUAUUCGAUCGUCCCACGUGACGUCACUGCUCUGGGCCAAGCAGCCAACGGCUCCAGCUUUGAAUUGGUGCUGCAGGUGUCAACUGGCAGCCGCAAACACUGGAACAUAAGAAUGCGGGCAGUUCCAGGUGGUCGCGGGUACCAAAGACAUGACUCCAUCAGGGCGGGAAAACAGAAGCCCAAGGCGGACAGGCAGAGCGCACCAAACAGGGAGAUGAAGAGGCCAAGUCGUGGAACCAUCACUGCUACCACAACUAAAAAUAUACAGAAACGUGGUUCUUUUAUUCCGUAA